AUGAUUGCAGAGGACAUAUUUCAAAAGCAGCUCGAGACAGAGCUGGUACCGAUCCUGCGGCGCUGGCCACUGUGCCGCGAGCUGUCACUUCUAAAGCACAAUGGCAGCGUCGUUAUUUUGGCACGUCACCCUGAGCUGGUGGAUCACACCUUCCAAAUCCUAAUUCAAUACUCCACAAUAUACCAAGAGCCGCAGCUUUUAUUCAAGAUAUGGGAAACUCGGAUUGUAGAUCAGGUCGAAAUUCAAAGACUCUCCUUUCCAGGAGAUGUUUCUACGCUGGUUAAUACCCAAGAUUUUACCAUUCGUUCUGAUUACAUACACAACACAGGUAGAGAUCUUUGGUACAGCAUUCACGGUUGUGAUACUGGCGAGAUAGUUGGAUAUCAAGAAGAAAGCUACUUGGAGCGGUGGUGUUCUAUCUACUUUACUAUUUUCGACCCGGGGUUUUCCAACCUGUUUAUUUAUUCUGAUCACUAUGUAGUUAGUCAAGAUUAA